UUUAUUUGUGAUUCUUCCUAAUCUAAAAAUAUCACCUCUCAUCAAUCAAUAAGCAGAUAUUUGACUGUUCUGGAUGCUCCACAAAUGGGGCAAAAACAUUUUCUCUUCAACCCUUUGCAACACAGAUUGGAACAAAAUUAGAAAAAAAAUAAAAAAAAAUUAAAAAGAUGGCAAUUAUUGAGGAGGAGGAAGAAGAGAGGUUGUUAGAUCAUUUGCCAAAAACUUACACAAAGGGUGGUCUCAAAACCAUGCCAUUCAUCAUAGUGAAUGAAACAUUGGAGAAAGUGGCAAGUUAUGGGUUGCAGCCAAAUAUGGUGAUAUAUUUGAUGAAAGUUUAUAAUUUAGAAAUUGUAACAGCUACAAGUUUACUGAGUAUGUGGUCUGCUCUUUCCCAUGGAUUGGCCCUUUUGGGUGCCUUUGUUUCUGAUUCUUUCUUGGGUCGCUUCACUGUUGUUGCUAUUGGAUCUAUCUCCAGCCUUUUUGGAAUGACUAUUCUUUGGUUAACCACCAUGGUUCCACAGCUGAGGCCUUCACGUUGUGAUCAUUUCGAGAUCAAUGAAUGUGAUAGACCAACACCAGCACAACUCCUUGUAUUAUUGUUUUCUUUUGGGACAAUUGCUCUAGGAGCUGGUUUCGUUAGACCUUGUUCUAUAGCGUUUGGUGCUGAUCAAUUGGACAACAAAGAAAAUCCAAAUAAUAAAAGGAUUAUGGAAAGUUAUUUCAACUGGUACUAUGCUACUAUUGGAAUGUCAACACUUGUUGCGACAACCUUAAUUGUGUAUAUUCAAGAUGCUUUUGGUUGGCGAAUUGGUUUCGGAAUUCCUGCUAUCCUUAUGUUUUUCUCUGUUUCAGCCUUCCUUUUGGGUUCUUCUAUGUAUAUCAAAGUUAGUGCUAGCGAAAGCUUGUUCACUGGAUUCUUUCAAGUACUUGUUGCUUCUGUUAGAAAAAGAAAUAUCGAUCUUCACUCUGUUAACUGUGAAGACUAUUAUCAUCAAUCUUCCGAUUCUGAAAUUCAAGCCUUAACAAGCAGCUUUAGGUGUUUAAAUAAAGCUUGCAUGAUUGAAGAUCCUGAAAGAGAUAUAAAUCCUGAUGGAUUCGCUUCAAAUCCGUGGAGACUCUGUAGUGUAGAACAAGUAGUAUCUUUGAAGUCUCUUCUUAGAGUUGUUCCCAUGUGGUCUAGCAAUAUAAUGGUUCAGCUGAGCUUAAACCAAUUUUCGUUUGCCACACUCCAAACAAAGACAAUGGAUAGACAUAUCUUCUCGGAUAUUGAAAUACCAGCCGGAUCUUUUUCUGUCUUUAUGGUUAUCACUCUAGUGAUGUGGAUUGCCUUUUAUGAUCGUGUUCUCGUGCCAAUAAAGGCCAGAUAUACAGGACAGCCAGGAGGCUUAAGCCCCGUUCUUCGCAUGGGAAUUGGUUUAGUUCUCUCUGCUGCAGCGAUGGUACUUUCAGCGAUAACAGAAGGCAUAAGGCGGGGCAUAGCAAUUGAUCAGAAAGAUCCACAAGACGGUCCAAAUAUAAACAUGUCGGCAAUGUGGUUCGUGCCACAGUACGUGCUUCUUGGACUAGCUGACGCUUUCAAUGCAAUCGGAUUGGUAGAGUUCCUUUACUCUGAACUUCCAAAAAGCAUGUCUAGUUUUGUUGUGGCUAUUUUCACACUUGGAAUGUCUGUAUCUGGCUUUUUUGGGAGUGUUUUAGUGAAUGUUGUGGAUAUUGUUACUUCAUAUGGAGGUGGAGUUAGCUGGUUGUCAAGUAAUAUUAACAAUGGUCAUUUAGAUUAUUACUACUGGUUACUUGCUUUCCUCAAUGUUGUGAACUUCCUAUAUUUUCUUCUCAUAAUUUGUCGAUAUAAUCGCCAUGAGAAGGAAGUUAAAGAAAAACAAUGUGAAUACAGUACUCAGAGAGCUUGAUGUAUAUAUAUGUAUCUGAUACUAUUUGUUAUUGUAUUAUAACCAAUGUAUAUGUAUGAUAAGGUGACUCUUUUAGUGUUGCUGUAAAA